AUGCCAUUCGGUCCCUUCGCCCUACAAUGGCGCGCGCCAGAUCCCAACCCACCACCUCCCACACCACUUCCUAACGGUAUCAUAAGAAGCUACAUCCCAACGCCAUCUGGCCCUCUCGAACUUCUCUCAGCCCUCCCUUCAUCUCCAUCUACCAAGCCACCCUUAUUCUUUGCCCAUGGCGGCUUCGGCUGCGCUGCCAUGUGGGCUUCCUACAUGCUCUUCUUCUCAUCCCGUGGAUACCCUUGUUAUGCUGUGAGUUACCGGGGACACGGCGGAAGUUGGUACCCUGGGUUCUGGAACAUGUAUUUCACAAGUCGUGAGAGUAUCGCAAAAGACCUUGUGGCUGGGAUUGAAGAAGUCGAGAGACUCGAGGGUGAGAGAAGAAAAGCAGAGGAAAAAGUCAGGGUCGUGUUGAUAGCGCAUUCUGCGGGUGGUGCGCUGAGCCAGUGGGUGUUGAGUAAAGGGUUGGUGAGGGUUCAGGGCUUUUGCAUGUUCGCUGCGGUACCGGGGUUCGGAUCAUGGUCAUGCUACAAGUUUUGGGCUUUUUCAGCGCCGCUGAAUAUCCUCUACCGCUUCUUCCACCCAAGAUACGUCUUAGCGACGACUAAGCAAGUUCACGACGCCUUCUUCUCGCCCUCGACACCGGCUUCUAUCGUCGAAGACCUAGGACGUCUUCUCAGUCCUUACGAAUCUAUGGGCUGGCCGACGCAGUCACUCUUUCCGUUCGUUACUGGUCCAGAUGUUAUCAAGUCUACUACUGGAUGGAAGCCCCGGAAUUCGACCGGCGAGGACGGGAAUGGAGUUACCAUUGCGCCACGAUUGUUGGUUCUGGCGGCUGAACUAGACGUUCUCUGCACACCAUCAGUGUUACUUGAUGCGGCGAAGCGAUACCGUGCCGCGUUUCUUCAUUGUGUAAGAGCUGGAAAGUUGGAUGGCAUCCUCGAGUAUGAUGUGCGUGCUACAGAAAAUGAUGAUGAAGACUGGGACGGUAUAAGAUUCAAAGUGGUGAAAGGGGUAGCACAUCAUCUGCAGAAUCAUAUUGAAUGGGAAAGAGGUGCAGAAGAAGUAUGGAAAUGGACUGAGAGCCUUUGA